AAGAUUUGUUCAGAGGGAGUUUGCCACAGCCUUCAUCUGAGGCUGAGAAUAUAACUUGCCCAAAGUCACCUUGUCAGUUUGAACCUGGUCUUCUGAACGCCUAUUCCAACAUUCAAACCACUACACCACACUAACUCUUAACAUGUUGAUGUUGUUCUGUGCCUUCAAGUCACCUCCAAUUUAUGGUGAUCACUUCAUAGGGUUUUCUCAGCAAGAUUUAUUCAGAGGAGGUUUGCUAUUAUCUUCUUUUGAGGACGACAGAGUGUGACUUAUGGAAAAAUUCAUGUCACCACUAGAUUUUUUUUUAAACUCUCCUAUUCACUUUUAUAUGUACUAUAUCAAAACUUUCAGUAUAUUGCCUUCCAACUUGCUUACUCUGCAUCAUACCUUUUCCAACUUUUAUUUCUGUUAAAAUGUAUUCUUUAAGGGUGAUACCUUUUUCUUAAGUCUUUUGCGUCAGCCUUGCAUCGCACACCAAGGGGACCUUGCAAAUGUUCUUCAAGGGCAGAUCUAGGAAUAGAGGAAACAUUAGUCACACUGUUUGAUUGCAAAACCACAAACCACCCUACUUUCUCCUUCUAGAUAGAAGAUAUUGGCUCUGCUUCUGUUUGCUUUUGGGUCCAACCCUGUUCUCGCUCCGCAUGGCUUCAAGUCCAUCCUUGUUGUUUUUUCUCCGCAUGGCUACCUGGUUAAACCGGGGGUGGAAUGGUGAGAACCUGGCACCUACAGGGCACCUGCGGUCUGACCUUGGGGUGAAAAUAAAACAGGAAUCAAGGGGCUGAGCCAAAGAAAUUACACUGUUUUCUUAAUCACUGGACUUGUCUGCCACUUCAAAAGUACGCACCUACACUUCACUAGGCAGACCUGCCACCAUGGAAGUCAUCAAACUGUUGGUUGUCUUUCUGUUCUUGCAACUGACUUUUGCAUUGCCAUUUCGUAACCGUAUCAUUGGAGGCGAUGUAUGUACUUCACAUCCCUGGCUGGUGUUGAUCACGGAUGCCCAUGGGCGCCACUGCGCAGGGUCAUUGCUCAAUCACAAUUGGGUGGUCACUGCUGCUCACUGCUUUGACAGCUCUGGCAUGCAGCUGAGGCUUGGAUUGCACAACCGAAAAGUGCCAAGAGAGGGAGAGCAGUUAAGAACCUGCGCACAGGCCAAAUGCUAUCCAAAUACCGCCAGCACUGACUGCACCAGCUGUUCAGGUUCUCCGGACGUUGAUUCCCCUGACACCACGGACUGCCCCAGCUUCGCAAAUGAUAUCAUGCUGAUCAAAAUGAAUGCCUCCAUUACCUACAGUGAAAUCAUUGCCCCUGUCAAGCUGCCCACAGUUGCACCCUCUAAGAAAACUCAGUGCCAAGUGAUGGGCUGGGGAUCCACCUCUCCUUCUGAGGAGAUAUAUCCUGACGUUCCUUACUGUGUUUCCAUUGACAUACUCAACAAUCAGGUGUGUCAAGCUGCUUACCCCUGGUGGCAUGUGACUGACAAGAUGCUUUGUGCUGGAGUCCUGGAAGGAGGCAAAGAUUCAUGUCGGGGUGAUUCUGGAGGACCUCUUAUCUGUGGUGAUGUACUCCAAGGCAUUGUAUCUUUGGGAGGCUAUCCUUGUGCCCAACCACUUGAGCCCGGUGUUUAUGCAAAGGUUGGCUCUUACCUUGAUUGGAUCCAGAGUAUUAUUGAGGAAAGUACACCAGAAACCUCUUGAGUCAUAUCAAUGGCAAAAACACACCUACCCACUGAUGUCUCCCUGUUCUUAAUCUGAAAACCUAUAUACAUAUCUUCCUGGGAGCAAUCCUCAUUGAACACACUAGGACUUACUUCAAAGCUACCACGCAUAGGAUGGUACAGCAUGUCAAUAUAACAUAAACUUAUAUCUUCCUUGUUAGCAUGGUUGUUCAGAAGAGAGUUUCAGUAAAUUGAAUGAGAGAUCUUUCCCAGGCAAGUGAGCAAAAGUCUGAAAUUCUAUUGUUUUGCUAACUAGAAUCUGUCUCCCUUCGACCCCAGCACCAGACUCUUGAAUCCUUCUGUGACACAGAAAUCAUAGCCUUAAUGCAAACUUCUAGCUGUGAAAGCUAACAAUUAAAAUGCAAUAAACAGGCUUCAACAUCUCUAAAUGUCA